CCAGCGUUUCUCUCUCCGGCCGCGCGUCCCUCAAUCCGGAUUCGGCAUAAAUGAAUGAAACACGAGGGAAUAUCGGCAGAAAACCGCGCAGGAGAACUCUCUGUCAACCCAGCCUGCCGCAAGGAAUUUAUGCCGGGCUUGACAGGCAGUUCAACAUGAGUUUUUCCCUCUGGAGGUCCAUCUCAAGCCUGUCAGAUGUGUAAAGCGGCGGCCGGUGUCUUCUGCCCCCCUCGCAAAGGAGUCACGCUGUGAUUAACGGAUCAGGUUUUUGACUGCCGGGACAAAUGAAUACAAAUGAAUUUAGGCACCCGAAGGAGAGAUUGCAGAACCUCUCAUCUAGACACAAAGAGAGCCCUAUUGCUCUGUACAGUUUUAUAUUGUACUUGUUACCUGGGACUUACGCAAGUACACCCUGAAGAUGUGGACAUCCUCCAGACGUUGGGCCUUAAGGGAGAGACGGCGUCGCGCUCGGUGCCAGCAGGUGUCAUUCCGUUCAGAUCAGGGAUCAUCCUCAACCAGAGGGCCAACAUCGAGGCUCCACUGCGCUCAAUCCUUCCGGCGGCCGUCUGGCCCAACCUGGCACUGGUCCUGAGCGUCCGCUCGCACCGGGUCAACAGCGCUUUCCUCUUCACCCUGCUCUCAGGACGCAAGAAGCUCCUUCUUGGUCUGCAGCUCGUGCCGGGCAAACUGGUCCUCCACACGGGACCGAACACUUCAGUGUCACUGCCGUAUGAGCCUCACGAUGGCCAGUGGCACCAGCUGGCGGUGGGAAUUAACGGACAGAAAGUGACUCUAUAUGCCUCCUGCGGAGAGCAGAAUGUUUCAGCAGACUUUGGGUGGGGCAGCGAGGAGGGACUGGCACCGGAGCUCCAGGGCUCCUUCCUCCUGGGGCGUUCAAGCCAGCAGCAAGCUUCAGCUCACUUCGAGGGCGCCGUCUGCCAGUUUGACCUGGUUCCUUCUGCACAGGCAGCUCACAACUACUGCAGGUACAUUAAGAAACAGUGCAGGGAAGCCGACACGUACAGGCCUAACCUCCCCCCUCUGCUGCCUAUCCUACCACGAGAGAGAAACAUCACAGCUACUGCUGCUACCCCUAAACGCGCCGGCCCGGUAACCGCCAGGAAAACCACGGGGUUCAGCCUCGCCAGGAGUGUCGCCGCCGCUGCCUCGGCUGUCAGACACGCGGCCUCCUCCCAAACGGUGAGGCCGAGCCACGGCACCGUUUCCACCCCGCUGCUGGGUACCGCCAUGCCGGUCACGGUCCAGCUCGGUUUGGUUUCCCCACCUCUCAAGACCAGGGCCGAAACCGUCACGGCCCCACUCAGGACAGCAGCGCCACCCACAAGACCACCGACCCCCAAGCCCACGACUUCUAAAACUACGAACCAGAAGCCCGUUAAGCCCACUUCCCCGAAGCCCACCCCUCAGAACAGCUCGAAAAAGGCAGUGACGGGAACAGACAAGCAGAAGAAGCCAACGGUUCCUGCUACAUCCAGCCCCAAACCCUCCAAGACACAGUCUGACUCUGUCCUCGUCAACCAAGGUGCCGUCACCAAGAAACCGCAGCCCACCACAGCCAAGAAGCCAUCUCCCAAACCCAAAGUCGCACCGUCCAAAGCCACUCCGUCCAAACCUAGCACCAGCCCCGUCAAGAUUGUCCCUUCAAAACCAACAAUAUCCAAAAUCACUCCCUCAAAGUCAACAAUCAACAAAACUGCGGCGUCUAAAACCCCCAAGCCAGUCUCUAAACCCAUUACCAAGCCAACCAAGCAGACCAGAACUACCAAGGCUCCAGUCACCGUGCGGCCGACCAAGCCUCCGUACAACCGGGUAACGCCGCCUGCUACCGACGGCUUCCUGAGCUGGGAGGUGCCGCCGACACAGUUCUCCCUGCUGGCUGGACCUGUGGGACAGAAAGGAGAAAUAGGCAUGCCGGGACUGCCGGGACCUCCAGGGAAGACGGGCCUGCCAGGCAAGAGGGGUGAUCGAGGUGCUCCUGGUCCUCAAGGAAACCCCGGCCGAUCUGGUCCACCCGGGUUCAAGGGGAAAAAAGGAGACCCUGGCAUUUCACCCGGACCCGCACCUCCAGGAGAGAAGGGAGACACAGGGAUCCUUGGCCUGGUUGGACUGCCUGGACCAGAAGGUCGAAAGGGACAGAAAGGUUACCCUGGUCCACCUGGACUGCCUGGAGAGGCUGGAGAGCUGGGUCCAGUCGGAAGCCCAGGUGCCAAAGGUUAUCCUGGCAGGCAGGGUUUACCGGGGCCCAUAGGACCAGUGGGGCCUAAAGGUGUGCGGGGUUUCAUUGGAAUCCCUGGCCUUUUUGGCCUGCCCGGACCUGAUGGUGAAAGAGGCAUUGCCGGCGAACCAGGGAAGAGGGGCAAGAUGGGUAGGCCGGGGUUUCCGGGGGACUUCGGGGAGAGAGGACCACCUGGACCAGAUGGAGAGCCGGGUGACAUGGGAGCCCCGGGUCCGAACGGAGUUCCCGGCCUGAUUGGCGAUAUGGGGCCAGUAGGAGAGAUGGGCCCUCCAGGACUGAACGGACUCAAGGGGGUGCCCGGAAAUCCCGGAGAACCAGGACUGAAAGGUGAUAAGGGGGACAUUGGGAUUUCUGGAGAGCAAGGGGAGAUCGGGUUCAAAGGAGACAAGGGCAUCCAGGGGGCUCCGGGAUUACCAGGCAUCCGUGGGAAACCCGGGCCGCAGGGCAAAAUAGGAGAAAGAGGCCCUGACGGCGCUCCUGGACCUCCAGGCCCUGAGGGUUUUCCUGGUGACAUGGGACCACCAGGAGAAAAUGGCCUGGAGGGACCAAAGGGAAAACCAGGGGCCAGAGGUUUACCGGGGCCACGAGGGGUGCCUGGCUUGGAGGGAGACGAAGGCCCUCUAGGACCGCCGGGGCCCACCGGACUUGAGGGCAGGUUGGGUAGAAAAGGAUUUCCUGGGAAGGUUGGACCAGAAGGCGUUAAGGGUGAACCAGGAAUCGCAGGAAAGGUCGGAUCCAUGGGAGAGAGAGGCUUGGUGGGUUUCAUCGGACCGGUGGGAGAGGCUGGCCUUGCAGGAGAGAAGGGGGAUCGAGGGGAGAUGGGUGUUCCUGGACCACCUGGAGAAAAGGGAUCAACGGGUCAUCCAGGAACGCCGGGUGAGAGCGGGCUACCAGGACCACCAGGAAGACCAGGCCCUCCCGGAGCGGCCGGGCCAGCCGGCACUAGAGGACCCAAAGGCUUGCGGGGAGCGAUCGGGCCCGACGGUCCAACGGGAGAGUUGGGGAUCGAAGGCAAGAAGGGUUUUGACGGCCCUCCAGGAAAAAUAGGUUUCCCUGGACCACAGGGAAAGAUGGGCGACACGGGGGAUGUUGGGCCUAAAGGUUUUCCUGGUGUCCAAGGCCCCUCGGGACCUCCAGGGGACAAGGGAAUAGCAGGCGAGCCGGGAUCACCUGGACCACCUGGGACCGUGGGACUGUUGGGGGAAAUCGGUCCAAAGGGUCCUCCAGGCAAAGUGGGUGAACCGGGACUGCCUGGCGAGCCAGGAGAGAAGGGAGCUGUCGGAGCUGCGGGGAACAUCGGAGAACAGGGCCUGAUUGGACAGCGGGGAGAGCCAGGCCUGGAGGGAGAAGCUGGUCCGUCUGGUCCUGAUGGAACCAAGGGUGAAAAAGGCGACAUGGGUCAGGAGGGCGACACGGGAGAAAAAGGCGAAAUUGGACUAAAGGGAAAGGAAGGGCCGCCUGGAAGUCCCGGCCUCACCGGAGUGAGGGGUCAAGAAGGAAAAUCUGGAAAAAUCGGGGAAAGAGGCAAACUGGGCUUAAAGGGCGCCAAAGGAAAUCAAGGCCACCUCGGGGAGACUGGGACGGUGGGGAAGAUCGGCCCCCCGGGUUUCGUGGGGCUGAAGGGAUCCAGAGGGACCGUUGGACAUGUGGGAGCUCCGGGUCGGAUGGGUCAGCAGGGCGAGACCGGCCUGCCGGGAUAUGAAGGUCAUCAGGGACCACAGGGCCCCAUGGGCUCUCCAGGACCAAAAGGUGAAAAGGGCGAGCAGGGGGACGAUGGGAAGGUGGAGGGUCCUCCCGGUCCUCCAGGUGACACAGGGCCUCUUGGCGACAGAGGAGAGAGAGGCGAACCAGGAGAUCCAGGGUACAAAGGUCAGAUCGGUGUGGACGGGGAGCGAGGCCGAUCUGGAGCUCCUGGACAGCCGGGACAACCUGGACCCCGAGGACAGCAAGGACCUAAAGGGGCCAAAGGCGACCGAGGGCAAAAAGGCAAAAAGGGUCUGACAGGACAAAAAGGAACGAAAGGACCCGAGGGUGGCGGUGGUCCCUCUGGUCCCAGAGGUGUAGUCGGUCCAGAAGGGCAGGAGGGUGUACCUGGGGUCGAUGGAGUCCCAGGAAAAGAUGGCAGUAAAGGCAUGCCGGGGGAGCACGGUGACGAUGGCGAGGCUGGUCUUCCCGGUAAACCGGGCUUACGUGGUAAAACCGGCGUUGUCGGACUCCCAGGAGAUCAGGGAAGCAUCGGACCAAAGGGUGAGAGGGGCCUCCGAGGCCAGAGCGGACCUCCGGGAAAAAGAGGUUUCAGAGGUGGGAUGGGACUGCCAGGACCCCGAGGAGACCCAGGACCCAAAGGCCAGCCUGGUGAUCCAGGAGCACCAGGGUUUCCAGGGAUUCUGGGAGUGUUUGGACCAAGGGGGCCUCCAGGAGACUUCGGGCCAAAAGGCAUCCGGGGACCAAAGGGCCCACAGGGCUCCAUAGGCAGAGUGGGAGUGGUCGGCCCGGUGGGAAUCAUUGGUCCCAGUGGAAGUGCUGGUCCUCGAGGAGAGAAGGGCCAUCGCGGGGAGAACGGAGUUCAGGGUCCAAGGGGAUCUCCUGGGCCUCGUGGACCUCCUGGACUUCCAGGGCCCCCAGCUGUCCCUCAGUCAUUUAAAGAAGACGGCCUUUUGUUUUUGGAUUCACCCACCUCACUCAGGACUGAGAACAAGCCAGUAAUGGACCUGCCGAUGCUGGACCAGGGUGCAGAGAUCUUUAAGACCCUCCACUACCUCAGUAACCUGAUCCAGAGCCUGAAGAACCCACUGGGCACCCGGGACAACCCCGCCCGCAUCUGCAGGGACCUGCACAGCUGUGAACAGAAGCUAAAUGAUGGCACUUACUGGAUUGACCCCAACCUGGGAUGCUCGUCAGACACAAUAGAAGUCUCCUGCAACUUUACUGGAGGGGGACAGACUUGCCUGAAACCAGUAACUGUGUCUAAGCCGACGAUGACUGUCGGCCGCGUCCAGCUGAACUUCCUCCACCUGCUGAGCUCGGAGGCCGUGCAGCACGUCACCAUCCACUGCCUGAACGCCUCGGUCUGGAAGCCAGCCGAGGACCAGCCGGCUGCCCAGGGCGCCGUGAAAUUCAAGGCCUGGACUGGGGAGGUGUUUGAGGUGGGAGGAGAGCUGGAGCCAGAAGUCCUGGAGGAUUCCUGCUGGAUAAAAGACGGGCGCUGGCACCAGACCCAGUUUGUGUUUUACUCCGUGGACCCCACCCUGCUCCCCGUGGUCGACGUCUACAACCUCCCGAGAACCGGCCCGGGCUCGCAUUACCACCUGGAGGUGGGUCCCGUGUGCUUCCUGUGAGCGCGAGCCCUCCGAGCGCCGAGGGACGGGGAACCGCACGAGCCGGCGUGCGUCGCGGCGGCCACGGCCAAACGCCGCCCGAGUGAUGAAGAAGCCACCUCCCCCUCCACGCGGAUCCUGCUUCGCUCCAGCAGAACUCCCGUCGGACUGCAGACACAGAGGGAGGAAGAGCAGGGAGUGGGGGGGGGGGGGGGCGGGGAGGAGAGCUGAGGAGGAAGAGCGGGGGAGUUCUUGCACUAAAAGCUUUGUCAAGCUCGUCAAGAUGGAUCUCCACAUAACGUGCCUGCUUGGAGAUAAAAGGCUCUUUGCCACAGAAUCUCUCCAGAACAUUGUUCAGUGAAGGGAGACCAAGGCCAAGUUUAAUCAGCGGACUUUAUAAUAACUUAUUUUUGUAAGAGCACGCAGUCCGUAUGCUGUGUGUGUGUGUUUUCUUUGUUUUUCUUUUGUUUUGUUUCGGGAAUUUCCAGGAAUUCAGUUGUAUCAGAAGAAGAAUUAACAUAAUUGGGAUCAGUUAAAUGUACAUAUAAAUAUAUAUAUAUGCUUAUUAUUAACUUUUAUACAUGUAUAUCUCAUGUAAAGAAAUAAUCUUUAAGUGCAAUAGAAAAUAAGAGGAUAAUUUGAUAUUUUGAACUUAAGUGGAAGGAUUUUUCAGGGGUGCCAUUUGAAUUGCCUUACGGUGCUUAUCUUCUCCUCAUGAUCUAACAGGCGAGUUGUUCCAGAAGGAGGCUCAGCUGAGCAGACGCCACAUUUGUAUCGACUUCAAAUGAGAGAUUUUAUCUCUGUUUUGGGGGGGAAAAAAAAAAACGUGGCGUCCAGUCAGUUGUUAACAAAUGAGACCUGGAGC